CUCAGCCAGAAGAGCUUGCUUUAGGGAUCCAUACUCAUCAGUUUUUCCUGGUAAGACAGGCAGGCUAGGGCAGGAAGUAGAGAGGGGAAGAUGAAGGCAAGUUGGUGCUGGCCUUCCCUCUGCUCCCACCCCGCCCACAAUUCCCCUAUCAGAAUUUGUCUGUGCUCAUAUGAUUGUGAUUGAAUGAUUGUGAAGACACAACUAUGUGGGAAUGGGACUUUGAGUACAACUGGCGCUGUGUGAUUCUGACUUUGGUUGUCUGACUGUGUAAGGUUGACUGAGUGAUUGAGGUGUGACUGAAUGUGACUGUGGGUAUGUGAGUGUGAAUGUCCAUCACUGGAUGCCACUGUGGAUACUUAGGUGCCCUUACUCAUCACUGUACCAUCAGUCUUCACAUCAUGCACUACCCCUCUCUCCAGCUUCUCUGUCCAGGGCUUAGAAGCCAUGGGAAAUGGCAGCCCUAGAAGAGGAAGGGGUCUGUGGCAAUUAGGGCCCAGGAAUGUCACAGGAUGAGCAAUUCGUCUUCACCUGCCUCUGACUCACCUGGUGCCCCAGGUAAAAGGCACCCAGAUAAAAGGUAGGGGAGAAGGAGGAGAGAGAAGUAUCCAGGCUGAGCAGCAUGAAGGGGCCCUCGUCCACAAGCAGCCUCCUGCUGCUACUGUUGCUGCUGAGCCCAGACCCUGGAGCAGCACUGCCACUGCCAAUCAGCAAUACCUGCUGUACUCAGCUCUACCGCCAGCCGCUCUCGAACAAGCUCCUGAGGAGGGUCAUCCGGGUGGAGGUGCAGGAAGCUGAUGGGGACUGUCACCUCCAGGCCUUCGUGCUUCACCUGUCUCGACGCAGUGUCUGCAUCCACCCUCAGAACCGCAGCCUGGCUCGGUGGUUUGAGCGCCAAGGGAGGAGGCUCCAGGGGACUCUGCCUAACCUGAAUUUGGGGCUGAUAGGGGAAAUGGACCAGGGCCCCCAGUAGCCGAAACA